CUUCUCUUUCCACUGUUACCAUCAGAAGACCUCUCUUCUUUCCUCCGCUUUGUACAGCUCCUCAUCACUCUGUUGUUUACGGAGUUACACAGGAUACCUGUAACCCCACCAUCAUUACUUCCCUCUCUUUCUGCUGCUCUAACUGAUCUCUCUGACAGCACUCGUCCUCGGUAGCUGCCACUUCGUCGUAUGGUAUGCCCUGUUUCCUUCUCUGCUCUCACGCCUCACACACUGUAGUAAGAAGAGUAGGAGCUGCUUGAACGCCACCAGCCUCAGUAGCCAUGGAUUCCAGGCUCCCAAGCCUCUCUUUCCUAGUGCUCCUCUCGUUGGCUCUCGUCAAUGCCGGUCCGUCCUCGGCCACCACGAUGGCUUUCUACAACAAGUGCAGGGAGACGGUGUGGCCAGGUGUCCAGCCCAGCGCCGGUAAGGCCGUGCUGGCCCGUGGGGGCUUCCGGCUCCUUCCUAACCAGGCCUACUCCCUCCGCCUGCCCAUGGGGUGGUCCGGCCGCGUCUGGGGCCGCCAGGGCUGCGCCUUCGACCCGGCCACCGGCCGCGGCCGAUGCGAGACAGGCGACUGCGACGGUGCGCUCUACUGCAAAGGCGUCGGGGGCGCUCCGCCGGCCACCUUGGCAGAGAUCACCCUCGGGCAGGGCCGGAAGCAGGACUUCUACGAUGUGAGCCUGGUGGACGGCUACAACCUGGGCAUGUCGAUGACGCCGUUCCGGGGGAGCGGCAUGUGCGGGCGCGCCGGCUGCGUCAGAGACCUCAACGAGGUGUGCCCGGCGGGACUGGCCGUGCGCGCCGGCCACAGCAACCGAGUGGUCGCGUGCAAGAGCGCCUGCUCCGCCUUCGGCUCCCCCCGGUACUGCUGCACCGGCAGCUUCGGGAACCCGCAGCAAUGCAAGCCGACGGCAUACUCGAGGCUGUUCAAGGCGGCGUGCCCGCGGGCCUACUCCUACGCCUACGACGAUCCCACCAGCAUUUUCACCUGCAUCGGCGCCAGCUACCUUAUCACCUUCUGCCCUCAACACUAAACCUCCCUGUCUACUUCCGCUGCUCCUCCACUCUUCUUCCUAGUAAAGGUCGUUUGGAUCAUUCCACCAGUAGAAUACCGGUACUGCACCCUGCUACAACAUAUACCGCUGGUAGGCAUUGCUUGUUUGGUUUGCACGUCUUUCUACUCCACCGCUAUGAAGGUUCUUGUUUUGUGAGGGCUUGAGGUCACGGAUCUUGUGGUGUCUUGUCGCUUGGUUUGCUUGCUACUGAGUUCUUGCUAAUAUAUCUAAAAUCGCAAUU